AUGUUGCUGCCUCUCCUGCUCACGUCUCUCAUAGCCCUUGGCACAUAUUUGUACAUCACGCUCCGUUACAAGCGCUUCAGCCAAUAUGCUCACAUUCCUCAAUUUCCGUCCUCCCUUCUCCUAGGCCACUUGAAGACUAUGGAUGAGUACAUACGGCGUAUCCCAGCCGAUGGCCAUACUGAUAUUGCCUUCACGGCAAUGCAUGAGAAGUUGGGUCGCCCACCUCUGUUUUUGAUUGAUACCCGCCCCUUCAGCAUCCCAGCCGUCAUCGUGACGAACCAUGAUAUUGCCGAGCAAGUAGCCAAAGCCUCGGCUCAGUUCCCAGCAAGCGCGCCCAAGCCAACUUUCAAGUAUCUCGAGCAUCUCAUUGGGUCAGCUUCAAUCCUCUCGUCCGAAGAAGACCAGUGGAAGGCGCUGCGGAAGAGGUACAGCCCGGGGUUCGCUCCGCAACAUCUGGUCACGCUCUUGCCAUCUAUUUUGGAUAAGAUAGUCCCCUUUGUGAAGCAUCUUGAUAGCUAUGCUGAUAAGGAGGAGACUUUCGCCUUGGUCCCUCUCAUCACUAACUUGACUUUUGACAUCAUCGGAUCCGUGAUUAUGGACUCAGAUCUAGACGCACAGAAUCCAGACCCAGCUAUGCAGGGUGAGCUCGUUCGACGGUACAUCGAGUUGCUCGUUACCUAUAACGACGACAAGGCAGAUAUACCCUGGUGGCUCACCCCCAUGAGAGAGAUGAAACGUUAUCGACUGAGCAGUCGUGUCGACGAGCUGAUCAAGGACACGAUCCGCCACAAAUUCGCCGAGCAGCGCGGCGCCUCCGCGUCUCAAAAAUCGCGCAGCAUUCUCGCGCUGAGCUUAGGAGACGCCGAAUCCCUUACUCCAGAACUCGUCAACGUGACAUGCGACCAGCUGAAGACGUUUCUCAUCGCAGGCCACGACACGACCAGCGUAAUGCUAGCAUGGGUGUUCUAUGAGCUAUCGCUGAAUCCCCAAGCCUUAGCUGCCGUUCGCGCCGAGCUCGACAGUCUCCUCGGCCCCGACACAGAUCCGGAGGCGGUGCGCGCCCGGUUUCUCAGCCCCGAGGGUCCGGAAAUAGUACAGAAGAUGCCGUAUGUAUCCGCAGUCAUCAAGGAGGCGUUGCGACUACACCCACCGGCCGCCACGGCCCGUUACACGAAGCCUGGGACGGGAUUCACGGUGCGCGCGCCGACGGGCGAGGAGUACUGUCUUGACGGCGUGAUCAUAUAUAACUGCACAGCCAUCAUGCAUCGCGACCCAGAUGUCUACGGAGACACGGCCGACCGCUUUGUUCCCGAGCGCUGGCUGCACGAUGGCGGCGCCGGGAGUAACGUCCCCGCUAGUGCAUGGAGGCCAUUCGAGCGUGGGCCGAGGAACUGCAUUGGGCAGGAGUUUGCCAAUAUCGAAGCGCGCGUCAUCAUUGCGCAUAUCGCUCGUCGAUAUGAUUUUACCAAGGUUGGCAUGGGCGAGGUUCUGCGCGAUGAGAAGGGUCAGCCCGUUAUAGAUGGCCAGGGCUGCUAUACGGUCGUGUCGUCUGUGUACAAGACUAGACAAGUGACGGCGAAGCCGGCGGAUGGGAUGAAAGUCAAAGUGGCGCGGAGAGAUUAA